AGCCUACUUAUGUGCUGACACACAAAGAAUCAAAUCAAUACACAACACUGGUCCAGCAUCGGCUGACGUACACGUGCAUUGGUCCAUCAGGGCAUGAGCCCAACAAUGGCUGCAGAAAAUACUGUAUGUGCAUCAUUAUCACCUCCUGGAAACCAACAUUAGGGCUCAUUUGGGGAAACUAAUGUGGGGUCCGCAUGGGUUAAUCUGUGUUGGGCCCUUGCAUAUUUUCUGAGGACAACCCACAGUUGCCUGCGGGGCUGCAGAAAAGCCACAUAUGUGUAAUGAGGGGCACAAAAGAGACAAAAUCGACAAAUGAGGCAGAGGGGGGAGAAGUAAAAGCGAGAUGGCAGAGGAGCAGCAAUAUCGGCAGGAGAGGGAGGAGGAGGAAAACUGGGGAGCUCAGUCACUUCCGCACCAUGUGAGCUACCGGGACUGAAGCUUAUUUGCUCCUACCGGUUAGACCCCGCAUCCUUCGGGAGACAGCACCAGCAGCCCGGCUCAGCCGAGGCUUCCAUCCGCCAGAGGCAGCGAGAUCCAGCGGGAGAGACAGCGCCCUGAGACCGCGGAGGAGACAGCAGCGCCUCGGUACACCGCGGAGCCUCCCAGCGGCUGAAGGCACACACAGUCCCCGACAGAGAGCGCAGACCUGCCGCGGACAUGACUGCAGACGUGGCGGUGUCUCUGUCGGUGCUCGCGGGGAUCGUCGCUCUAAGCGAUGCGACCCGCAGGUUGUUGGGCAGGGCCCUCGCGGACACCGGGCUCGCUGUGUAUGCAGUGGAGCUCGUGUCCACCUUUCAGCUGUGCUGCUGCACGCACGAGCUGAAGCUGCUGUCGGAGGUGGGCGGGAUCGAGCUUCGACUCGCGCUCACCUUGACGUACCUGGCAUCCGUGGUCCACGGGCUCACCUUUAGCGGGGCCAUCGGCAACCCGUCCGGCGCGCUCGAGCAUGCAUACCACGCGAGGUUGUCGGGCGGGUGUGCCCUACGGCGCAUCGCGUGCCAGUUCGCUGCUGCAGCCGCUGCGCGAGCUGCGGUGCCGGUGAUCUGGGGUAUGGGAUUGUCGGGACUGCACGUGCGGCACAAGUUGUUCGGUUACCGUUGCAUCACCCCCAUUCACGCGCCGCUGGCGAAGGCCGCCGUUGUGGAGCUCGCGUGCGCAUUUGUGGUUCAAACCGCUAUUACGCACACGCGAGCUGUGGAGGAGAAAUACCGUGUGCACGCGGUGGCUGCAGUCAUCACAACAGUGGUAUAUGCAGGAGGCAGUGUAACAGGAGCAGUGUUUAACCCAGCCUUGGCCUUCUCCACACAGUUCCCCUGCAGUGGAAACUCCUUCCUGGAGUACAGCCUGGUCUACUGGCUCGGCCCGCUGCUGGGUAUGAUGAGCUCUGUGCUGCUGUUUGAUAAACUCAUCCCUCUGCUCUCGGGAAAAUCACCGUCUCCCCACCACUCCCUGGACACCAGGAAGAGGAAGUGAGCACCGCAUGCCGGCACUUCAAACCCAGAGCACAUGUGGAGAUGUCGGUUCUGAUGGACAGAAGUCAGAGGAAGAACAGCACUGAUAUGCACUUUUUUUUAAAAGACUUUAACCUGGAAGUUUUUUUUUUCUUUUACAAUGAAUGUACCAUAAUUAUCUAAUCAGUAUGGUCUCAAGGAUAAUUUCACCUCAAGAGCACACCUGGGAAGCUAAA